UUUGUUUAUUAUCGAAUGCUCAUGAGGCGGCGAUGCGACGCUUGCGUCGUGUUUUGUGACUCGAGUUCGACCGCAGUUGUGUCACGUUGCUGAAUUGGGCGAAUGAGGUGCGCCGAAUGUGAUUGACAAUUGGCUGAAAACGACGAAGGAAGCAAAGCUGUUUUCCUUGCGCGGAGUCGGCAUCAAGAAGCUUGCGUGCGUGGAUGCAAAACAACAGCGCUUCUUUCAUUCCAGUUCACGCUUACUUCUUAAAAACAUCCGCAGCGUUGUGGUUGUGCGUCUGGCUGCGUUCAAAGCUACUACGGGCCGACCACUUAAGACGGCUGGUGACGCAGGCGACUGACAGCUGUCAUGGCAGAAGCAACGCAGCAGUGCUCGUACGUGUCCUGCAUCAAAAGCUUUGGCAGGCCCAUUUUGCCUCCUCUGAUGACCAAUGAGAAGCGGCUGCUUAUGAGGCAUUUCAAGGCACUCGCCUGUGAGAGGGAGGCAGCGCGUGCAAAGCGCAAGAAGGAAGCGUUUCUCCACACCUUGUGUGAGGCUGACCUCGAGCUGGACCACAGUGAGGACAGCAGCCUUGAUGGGGCGCACACCGCACCACCAUCUCUGGCAGCUGCGGACAGUGGGGCAUGUCUGACAUUGCCUGCUGUGACAAGUCUAGGAAGAGACGUGCGAUGGGCUGUGUCAGACACCCCCGAGACUGGCUCCUCGGCGACCUUGGUGCCUAGCAGCUCAGACUCGGAGGCCAGUGGCACCAGCACGGCCGACUCUGUAGGCAGCAGGCAUGAUGAGGUAGCAGGUCAUCAAAAGGAUGGGACCAGGCUGUCCCCAAAAAAGGAUUUAGUGCCUGGUAACCAAGUUGGACAAACGGAGGUGCCCGUAACAUUGACAGAGGCAACACCAGCAAUGUCUCUAACAGCAACUACACCGAAGCAGUACCUAGAGGCAGCACCUACAACGAUGCCAAUGAUAAUGCCAAUGACACUGCUGGAGGUGACAACGGAGAUGACACUGACAACAAAACAGGUGGCACCGGCAACAACACCGACAACGAUGCCAAUGACAAUGCCACCUAAAACACCAGUGAUGAUGCCAAUGACAGCACAAUUGGUAUCAGCUGCAACAUCAACAACGAUACCAAUGACAAUACUUUCUAAAGAACCAGUGAUGACAGCGACAACACAAAUGACAUCAGCAUCAGCUGUGACAUCAACAACAAUGCCAAUAACAAUGCUGCCUAACGAAUCAGCGAUGACAGCGACAACACAAGUGACAUCAGCAUCAGCUGUGGCAUCAACAACGAUGCCACUGACAACGCUGCUUGAAGAACCAGUGAUGACAGCGACAAUGCAAGUGACAUCAGCUGCGACAUCAACAGUGAUGCCAAUGACAAUGCUGCCUAAAGAAUCGGUGAUGACAGCGACAACACAAAUGACAUCAACAUCAGGUGCAGCUCCAACAACGAUGCCAAUGACAAUGCCACAUAAAACACCAGUGAUGACUGCAGUGGCAACACAAACAUCAGCCACAAAACCAAUGACGAUGCCAAUGAUAAUUUCACCUAAAAUGCCAGUGACAACACAAGGGACUUCAGCUGCAACACUAACAACAAUGGCAGUGACAACACCCCUUUCAUCACCAAUCAGAGAGGAAUGCUUCUCAACCAAAGUGUCGGUGCCCUCACUGUGCCGAUCACGGUCGUUUGUUGUUGAGAGUCCGUCUCUGGCCCAGCUACUGCUGAGAGGACUGAAUCGAGAUGGUCGCAACAGCAUGAAUGGAACCGAUGCCAAGAUUGUUCAGCCAUGCAACUCGCCGACUAAGGAUUCAUUCUAUGUGAACCCUCGCAGCAGUGAGAGAAAUAUGUAUGCUGCAAGGGUGGGAGAACAAACUCGCAAAACAAAAGGCCUCAAUAUUUCAAAAACUUUCAUCAAAGCUGAUCGUAAAGUGAACUGUUCAAGUGUUAUCUCACAGUCGACAGAUGACACUACUGAUGAAAGUAGUCACCGAUUGGGUGGUGAUGUCCAACCUCAGAGGAACUCUGUAUGUGAGCCAGUGGGAGAGCAACACGACCUUGCUUCUUGUCGCAGUGAUCCGGACAUUCAUGCACGUGCAGAUGAAAACACUGAAAACACUAGAGGAUCCCCUCCAAUUGUGAAGCCCACAGCUUUACGAGUGCCUGCAUCACCUGACAGAAUUGAACAAGCACCAACCUUGCUGGGUAAAUGUCACAGUGUCGAUGCAUGCUUCAUUUCUCGUGUCUUCAGUGACACCCUAAAAAGUUUUGCCAGGACAAAUCAUCUUCCCACCCAUGAGACACCCGAUGGCAGUUUCAACAUUCCUUUCGACAACUCGUCCAAAGUGACUGGACGUGUCGUGCCUUGGACUUCCUCUAUACUUGACGUGGUAGCUGCAGCCAAAGAUCCUGCUGCAUCUGUGAAAGACAGUGCUGCUAACAAUACUUUGCACAACAUACCUAAUGUGCCUGGCGAUGAUUCAGCAGAGGAAACUGUAGUAGACGACGUGUUUACUGAUGCCCUCGAUGACAAAUGGGCUGAACUGUCGUCUGCUUCAUUGCCUGGAUUUUUUACCAAAGACAGUGCUGCGACUGCUUAUACCUUACCAAUGUUUGGCAAGACUUUUCUUAGCGACUGGGGCCGAGGUGAUGCUAGUUUUGUGCCAGCAUCACCAAGCUCCAACAAACACUCUAUCUGUUCCUCUAUUAGCAGCGUCCGCUCGUCGUUUGAUGCAGAACGUGAUGUCCUGGCACUUACUCUCAACUCUUCGGGUGAUGUUGAGGAGGAUGAAGAACAGUAUGAAGGUGUGGAUGAACAUCAUGAUGACCAAGCGAAUUCUUCUGCUGAACUGGGUGGAUCUUUAGAAAGUAGCGGAAGCUCAUUGGAUGAGUCAUCUGCAAGUUCUGGCAGUGAACACCUAAAUGCCGGACGUACACAAGGGAGCCUUGUGACAGCCUUCACAUGCACCCGCAGGACAAGUAGCUCCACGAAGCUUGGAUCGCGAAACUUGAACCGGCAAGCAGCCAUCGGCUACAACUCGGGUGUGCAACAAGCACUUCUGCGAGGAAGAUAUCUGCUAUGGCGCCGGGGCUGCGAUGUUCAGUCUCUUGAUCAGCGCAUGACGGCAGACGACAUGGUUGCUGCCCACGAGCUGAAGUUGCAGACUUUGUGCCAGACACUCGCACUGGACUAUGCCAGGGUCAACCAGAGUGGCUUUUCAGUUUUGCGGGAAGAAGCUGUUUCCAUAGCAUUGGGAGGGGAGGAGAAAUCUUGUACAGAUGACGACACACCACUGGAAGCACAGACAGCAGGUUCAAUAUUGCCUCCCAGUGCAGAUGGCCACAGUCCUUGUGGCCGCAACUCUUCUGACCACACAAGCCUACCGGCUGACCUGUCCAUGUUGAGGCACUCAGACGUGGACCACUCUCGAGUGGACUCGUCGCUGGCCAGCACAUCCAUUCACCUAGACUUGCUGUCGGAAACACGACAGUCCCUACACCCCAGGUGGCGCCGGUGUUUUGACCGACUCACCGCCAUGGCUAGGGGCCACCUGACUCGGAGGCUGAUGAAGACGCACCGUGUGCAGUCAAUCAUUCAGACCAUCAAGGACACCUUGGAGUGUGCAUUGCGCCUACAUGGAGAGCCACACAUACGCAGUGGACUGGUGACUCCGCAGGAUGUCGAGCUGCACCAGAGGCUCAUCACACAGCUCACGUCAGCGUGCUACGAGCUCCAUGAUGUGUUCUUCAACAUUCCGGUUGCCGAGAGGAUGCAGUUGAUUGCACAGCUGCGUUCACAGAAGGCUCGUCCACCUGUGCGAAUCACCAAGGGCUGCAUGGAGCAGGCACCAAAGAAGAUCUCCUUGGCCACACAGAAGGUGCUCGAGAGACGGCUCUCCAAGCUGACUGGACGAGGCCAGAACCCGAAAGUGGAGGGCAAGCGACCGACAGCAGUGGUCCGAUCCCAUACCUUCGUUGCGGCCGCUCCAGCUGACACGUGUCACACGGCUGGAGCGGCACCCUCAGGGACCACUCGCAAGAUCUGUCGUCUACCAAUGUACAAAGUCUGAUGCUGAGUUGUCUUGAUCAUCCGCAGCCAGAUAUUUUUUCAGCUGCAGUGAUAUUUUCUCUUUGCUACGCCUUGCCAAAUGUGCCUUUCAGUUGUUUGAUGGCCAGGGGUUCGCAGCCAGGCUCCAAAGUUGAAUAGAGGACCAAAGAGUGCUCGCAUGGCAGAUCUUUGAUCAUCUGGACCAGUCAAUCAUGUGGCAGAUACUUUUAGUCUCACACAGUAAAUAGCUCUUCAAUGUGAUCAUGAAAAUUUGCCUGUUUUAUAUCAUUCAAGUGUUAUGACUGAUUUCUGAGCCUUCUGCAUGUUGAGUCAUCUGUUAUAGCCUUAUGUGUGUUCAUUAGAGAUGUUUAAUGUGUCUAGUAUUCCGGUACUUGCAGGCGUUCUGGGCAUUUUGCCGGAUGUGUGGAGGCGUAGAAGUGAGUGAGUUGAGUGCUGCAGCCACCUGUUGCCACAGAGCUCAACUAGACAGAAACAGCUUCCUUUUGGGCUGCUGGUUUAAAUUUUCACAUUGGCAUUAUUGUGUCAUGAUUUGCUGCUGCCAAAAAUUUAUACCUGCAGCAAAGUAGAACACACUUGGUUGGUGCAUUAGCUCUGUGUUUGUCUGGUUGAGCUGUAUGCCACUAGGUAGAACCACCUGUCCAGCCGAUCACAUCUGUGCCUCCUGCCCUUCUGGUGAAAUUCCCAAUCCGCCUGCGUUUACCGGAAUACCGAGUAAGCUAAAACUAUCUGUUCUUUUUCUUCGCGCUCACUUUUUUUAAGCUUUCUACUGAAUAAAAAUUUCAAACUGAAA